AUGGUAGUAGGUGUUGAUCCGACUGUUGAGCUACAUAUAAGCAUUAUUAUUUUCGUUGGAGUUGGAGCAUUUGCUGCCUUAAUUGCUUUCGGAUUUCACAUGGUCCGAAAGUAUGUUUACCACGACGCAGAUAAUCUGGACACCACUUUUGAUGCUGGAGGGAAGGUAUCAAUUGGACUGACCGCUACUACAAUUGUGUCUCAGUGGACAUGGAGCACCACUUUACUGCAGUCUUCCACAGUUGCUAGUAAGUAUGGAAUUAGUGGACCCUACUGGUACGCAGCAGGAGCCACCAUCCAAGUUAUUCUGUUCGCCAUCUUGUCCAUCCAACUAAAGACCAGAGCUCCAGGAGCCAAAACUUUUUUACAGGUUAUCAAGGCUCGGUACGGGAAGAAGACCCACAUUACUUACUGUGUCUUUGCUGGGUUUACCAACAUCGUGGUGACGGCGUCUUUAAUGCUGGCUGGAUGUGCUGUAUUACACAGUCUUGUUGAAGGCCUCAGCGUGGAGCUUGCUGUCUUGAUGUUAACUGCAGUCAUAGGAGGCUACACUCUGAUUGGUGGGCUUGGAGCUACGUUUUAUGUUUCAUACUUCAACACCACGAUCAUCUUCAUUAUAUUAAUCAUGCUGGUUGUGGAGAUCUACUACAACCCCCUAGAACAUGAAGAAAACCUGUUUGGAAGUUCUGACAAUAUGUACCAGUAUCUGGUGUGUUCUGUUGGUCCAGAAGGAAACGAAGGCAGAAGUUAUCUAACUUUCCUCUCCAGUGGUGGCUUAUUCUUUGGGAUCAUCAACAUCGUGGGAAACUUUGGUACCGUUUUCUGUGACCAGUCUUAUUGGCAGAGUAGCGUGGCUGCUAAACCUCUCCAGGGUGUUUGGGGAUUCAUUCUCGGAGGACUCACAUGGUUCGCCAUUCCCUUUUCCCUGGCCACUACAAUGGGUUUGGCCUAUCUUGCUCUCAGCACUGCUCAAGGACAAGCUAUAUUGACACCUCUAGAUAUAGAUCGAGGUCUUGUAGUGCCAGCUGUGGCCCAAAGAGUACUGGGAAUAACUGGAGAAUAUGCCCUAAUCUUCCUAAUCAUGAUGGCCGUUAUGUCAACUGGAUCAGCCGAGGUUAUAGCUGUAGCUUCUGAAGAACAUAACAGACAACGAGUGUAUUAUUUGUGGAAAUCCUUACAAAACAUCAGAUGA